AUGGAAUGGACAGAAGGUCCGGCGGAAGAACGAGCCCCUCUUUGAGGCAGAGGUUGACAUCCUCAGUCGUAUCCGCCACAGCACACAUCUCCGCUGAUGAUACCCGCCUCCUUGUCUACGAGUUCAUGGGGAACGGGAGUCUGCAUAGGUGGCUCCACAGUUCUGACUCGAUUCUUAACUGGCCUAGUCGCUACAGAGUCGCGGUUGGCUCGGCUCAGGGGCUCCACUACAUGCACCAUGGCUCCUCUCCGCCGGUGAUCCACAGGGAUGUGAAGAGCAGCAACAUACUCCUGGACGAGGAGUUGAAGCCCAAGAUCGCAGAUUUCGGGUUGGCUCGCUUCAUAGGCCGAUCUGGUGAACCAGAAACCGUCUCAGUAGUCGCCGGUUCGCUUGGUUACAUGGCUCCAGAAUGCGCAUACACCAUGAAAGUGAAUGAGAAGAGCGACGUAUAUAGCUUUGGGGUGGUCCUCCUGGAGCUUGCCACAGGAAGAGAAGCUCACAAUGGUGGGGGAGAAAUGAAUCUCGUGGACUGGGCAUGGCAACAUUUCGAGGCGGAGAAGCCACUGGCAGAAGCCAUGGACCAGCGUAUCUACGAUCCCUUCGUCUCCGAGCAAAUGUUUGAUCUCUUUAAGCUGGGACUUCUGUGCACAAGCAAACUUCCUGCAGACCGGCGUCCCAUGAAUGAGGUUGCUGACAUUUUGGUCCGCACUGCAUCCUGAUCGUGCAAAAUCAGUCGAUGGGGAGAAGCCGCUUAGCAGCCGAGAUGCUUCGCCUCUGCCAUGCCACAAGUCUCUCCGGUCCCCACGGGGAAGCAAAGUUGUUGAUGACAGUCUAAGGCGGUGGUCUCUUUUGGCAGUGGCAUAGCGUUGUUCUAUAAGUGUUUUAUUUUUUAAUAAAAAUCUUAAAUAUUUAUUUUAUGCAUAUAUAAGUGCUCCAUCAAAUUUGAAUUUGCUUAAACAAAUGUCCUUCCAACCAAUUUUGACCACUCGCUAAGCUGUCGGGAUGACAAACUGCUUUUUCAUUGAAAAUGUGUGAGCUUACCACCUGCUUGUCAUCAUCAGAGAGGACAAUGAAAAACGCCCGCUGUAUAACAAUAAUGGCAGAUUUUGAUCUUUUCCAUGGCUGAAUGGCGGGGCGAGUUUGUGCGUUUUCUAUUGCAAACAUAUUUCAGUAACUCUGAAAUAUAUUCCUCAUGUUUUUUCCUUACAAAUUGCUUUUAACUCUGAGUUUAAAUGUCUCGGAGUCUCAGAGUUUUAAACAGCUAGG